CAUAUCAAUGAAUUUUUCAGGAGUAAAUUAAAAAGAAGACUGUUUUUGUUCCGUCAAUGAGGACCUCAAUGAAAAGAGAAAGUCGAGUCAGUCAUGGCGCGUUUCACAUUACAAAGAAUCUUAAUAAAACGCUUCCCGAACCCGAGGUAGUGGAUGACCCUGCAUUGAACGUGAAUCCCAGGAAACACUGUCGGGAUGAUUUGGGUGUCCAUGAACUUUGGAGUGACUUCCGGGAUAACACGACGAUGCAUGGACUGAAGAACGCCAACCUGAAACAGCGUCACAGACUGAGGUGUUGCAUUUGGGCCGUGGCAUUACUAGCAAUGGGAGGUUUUCUGAUUUAUACAACUUGUAAACAAUUUACCAGUUACCUGAAAUACACCACCAUAACCAAUACCUACAUGAAGACACAGAGCACUAUCAAUUUUCCAGCCGUAACGCUGUGCAGUGUUUCAACCCUAAAGAAGGAAAGCCUCCCGGACAUUCUCCACCUUGAGUAUUUUUUCCUGACAAAGAGCGUGAUUGGGUGGACGACCCCACCAUUAAAUUUGAGCAAACCGGAGUAUGCGACCUAUCAUUUGCCUCUGAAUGCGUCAUGGGCCCAAGAAACAGCCAAUCAGAUCGAAGAUCUUUUCCUCUUCUGUCUCUUUGAGGGAGAGGAUAAGACGUGUAAGGAAAUCAUGAAACCAACCGUGACCAAACUAGGAGUUUGUUACACAUUCAAUAGCCGGAAACACGUGGAGGAAAAUGGCCACACUGUGACGUCACGCACCGGAAGUACGUCUGGACUGCGCUUGUAUCUGAUGGUGAAUCAACACAACUAUGUGUAUAGUGAUAUCAUGGCAGCAGGAAUGAAGGUUGUUAUCCACGACCAGAAUGAGGAACCAGAUGUCGUGGACAAGGGGUUCAUGAUUUCUCCCGGAUUCUCUACCCUUGCUUCCAUUCACAAAACGGAUUAUCGCUAUUUGGCCAGUCCAUAUAAGGUAAACGGAAACGAGUAUUGCAUGGAUACAAAAUCCCCGGGCUACACCAAUCCGUUGAUGUAUUAUGAUGUGUACAGCCGAAGCGCGUGCAAAAUGGAAUGUAAACAAAACCACGUGGUCAGAAUAUGUGGAUGCAGGUCACCAUACGAUAAAGGAAAUGACACUAUAUGUUCGAUUGCACAGAUGUCAUCUUGUUACAAACGUGAAAGCGAAAGAUUUGACAAAAAUACCACUCUUCAGAAACUCUGCGCAUGCCCCAUAGAAUGUGAGUACAGUGACUACUACGCACGCAUAUCCACUGGAUAUUUCCCGGCGAUCAAUUACCAGUAUGUUCUCAAUCAAAUGGGAAUUACUAAUUUGAGAGUAACUUACCUGGAGUUAGCGAUCUACUUUGAAUCCCUAGGCGUCCUGACAGUUGAGCAGGUGCCCGAAUACAGCUUCGGGGAUAUUGUGGGUAUUUUGGGUGGACAAAUGGGCAUAUUCCUUGGCGCCAGCUUGCUUACAUUGACAGAGUUGAUAGAGUUUGUUUUACUAUCUAUGUUGGUCCUUGGAAAGAGAUUUUACAACAGUCUCCAGGAUAGAAGGAAGUGAUAACCAUUCAAUACAAAGAACAACCUUGUAGGGAAACACACAAUGGAGCAAAUCAUUGUAUAGACCAUACUUGUAGCGGAACCUACAAGGAACAAAUCAUUUCAUAGAUCAUACAUGUGGGAAAAUAUAGUAUUUGACCCAAUGGCAGGUUGCAUUGGUAUAAAAAAACAUUACAACGACCAUAAAAGUUGCAAAAAUCCUGACUUUAAAGGAGAUUGUUGAAACCCCUGUAACACCAACUUAUUUGACAGUGGCCUUCCUCGAUUUAAAUACGAGUGUGUGGGAUUCAACCAGUAGAUCAGUAUCCAUUAACAUGGGAGCAAACUGUUUUUAUAUGCUGUUUUUUUUUUUUAAAGUUUCAAAUACGGAUGCAUGUAUGGGCGUUGGUAUUGUCAAUGUUAUUUUUUUUUUUAUCAAAAUUAACAUUAAGGCAUCUACUAGAUAAACAUUUUGCACUUUAUCAUAUUCUUGCGCAUAUUUGCAGCAACAUCCAAAUUCAUAUCUUGUGAAGGUGAAGAUAACGAAUAGUGAUCAAACUGAUCAUUUCCACAAAGGAUAUUGGAUUAAGUGUAGGUAAUACACGAAUCCCUGUACACACUAGUGGUAAGAGUAAAU